AUGGACGCACCCCGGGGUGUCGUUGCUGUUCUAAGCGAGGCCUUGUGCCUCGCACGCCGGAGCAAGAAGCACAUGCUCCCAUGCCUCCUGCUCGCCCUGAUCCCGACCUCCCUCCAGCUGGUCGGCGGCCAUGUCUCCGUGUACUCUCUCCUCCUGGGCUUCAUCGCCAGGCUGCGCUCCCUCGGCCGGGAGCAUCCCGUCACGCCGCGGUUCUACGACCUGCUCCUCCGCCUCAAGAGCGACGCCGACGCCCUCUCCCACGUCAACGCUGCCCUCGCCGCCGCCUCCCACCUCGGCCGUUUCGCCUCCACGGUGGUCAUCGUCCACGCCGCCUCGGCGGCGUGCGCCGGCAGGCACCUGCCGGCGAAGGACCUUCACCUGAAGCUGGCCGCGUCGUGGAAGGCGCCCCUGGUGACCUAUCUCUACGCCACACUCCUAUCCGUGGGCUACACCGCGGUCUCGGUCGCCCUCAUCGCCAUCCCGGUCCUGAACAUGGCCGCCGCCGCCGGUGGGCCGGCGUCCAGGCUCGCCGUCAUCGUCGCCGCAGCCGUCGUCGCCGCGGCGCGGCUCUUGUACAUCUACCUGGCCAUGGUGUGGGCGGUUGGGGUGGUGGUCUCGGUCGUCGAAGACGGCUGCUGCCGCGGCCUGGAAGCGCUGCACAGGGCCGGGGAGGCGGUGGGUGCGAGGAGCGCGCAGGGAUUCCUGAUCGCGCUGGUGCUGGCCGCGGCCGACGCCCUCGUCGGCGGCAUCGGAGGAAACGGCGGCGGCGGCGGCCGGGGGUGGAGGGACGCGUUCGCGUGCGCCGUGCGCCUCCUGCUCGGGAUGUUCUCCCCCAUGGUGUACACCGUGUUCUACAACGAGUGCAAGAGGAGCCACGGCGACGGUGCACCGCCGCAGGAGUUGUCGUGUCGCGCCACGGCGGAACAUGAUCACGGUACAAGCAGCGAGGGAGUGGUUUGA